AUGUCUUUCCCCCAGGAUGGCCGAGGCCGUCGCGGCGGAGCUGGCGCCGGUUUCAGCUCAACAGGCCGACGAACCGCCUUGGGCUAUUACAUUCCCUUGGCUCUGACAGUGGGAGUUGCGGCAGUGAGCAUUGCUGCGUGGGUCUGGAGUGAACGACACGACGAUGACGAUGAUCACCUUGAUGACGGACAAGGCCACCACCACCCGCCGCCCCCCGGUGCCGCUGGGGGUGAUUUCCCUCCACCAGCAUACGGCGCAGGAGACUACUCAAGAGAAAUCGGGACGGAUGUAACACCUGGUGAUGCUCAAUACGAUCCAAGCUUGAUGGCUCGCAUGCAGGGCGCUUUGCGCCGAACCCCUAGCCCCCAACAGAUAUUCGAUGGCGCAAGUCGCAAAGUUGUCGCAGGUGUGGCGGCCGCGGGCCAAUUUGUUGGCGGUGCACUCACAUCUAUUCGCGAAGAGAACCGCGGGGACUUUGAAGACCACACAAGAUGGUCCGAGGAGGCCCAAUCACGAGCUGAUGAGAAAAGCCAGCAAACGACUUCUGCUCCCAUCAUGAGUGGCGGACUACCGGGCCGCACAUCUGGUCAACAUUUCAAGAAGAAGAAGACAGUUGUCAUUGUUGUAUCCUCCCUUACUCCCCCUGACUCGGAUGAUUUUGCCUCGGAGGCGCACGCCUCCAUUCUUUCUCACCUUCCUGAGCACGUGGAACUCGAAACAAGCCGAAUCUUUGUCCUGAUUUAUGCCCCCAGUUUGAAACAUGCCAUUGGCCAGGGAACCUCGUCGCGUGCUACACAAUCAAUUGCCUCGUCCUACUCGAAUAUUGCUACCGAAGAAGCUGCAUCUUCUGGUGAAUUGGUCGGCGGUGAACUUACUCGGGUAGAACCCUCCCAAGAGGAUGAUGUCGAUGGACAAACGCCCUUCUUUCGAACCUUGUACACCCAGGCCCAGGCGCUGGUUGAAAGGGAGAACAUGAUUAUGCCAUUCAGUACACCCACUGGCUAUGUUCAUCUCGUCCGUCAUCUGGCUCCGGAUCUUGUUUAUGCCCAGGAGUCAUUGACUGGAGAGACGGGUGAUGCGGUUCAGCACAUCUCCGGUUGGGUCCGGCAAGUCAUUGUUGUGGUUGGCGACGAAGGCGGUCGUGGGGGUCUGAUUGAUAGCGAUGAUGAGUCCGCUCUUGCUGACAAGGGAGAGAAAUGGUGGCAAAAAGAAGGCACCACUGGUCUCGGCAAGCGAGUUGACAUUGUCGACGUCCUCCGCGUUGGAGAUGAUUGGCGACGCCGAGUGCGUGGCCUGGACUAA